CGGUUUUUAAUAGAAGUUGCGCUGUUUUUUUAGACUUUCGGUAGAAGUUUAUAAAGUUUGAAGUAAAUAAAUAAAAAUAUUUUAGGAUGGCUGAUCCGGAGCAAUUUGAUGGUGUGCUUUUAGCAAUGGCCCAACAGCACGAGGGUGGCGUUCCCCAGCUUCUGGAAACAAUUUUUGGAUUUUUACUGCGCAAGACCGAUUUCUUUACUGGAGCCGCUCCCGGUGCUUGUGAAAAAUUGUUGCUGGAGAAAUUCAAAAAGUUUGAGAAAUUAGCUGAUAGUGAACGAAAGAAAAAAGACCAGGAAAGAGAAGAGGCUGAGAAAAGAAGAAAGGAAAGAAUUUCCCGUCGACAAAAGGAGGAACAAGAUAAGAUGGAGGUGGACAAUUCUAAUCGAGUAACAGAAUUGACUGAUGAGGAGGCUGAGAAACUCCAAAAAGAAAUUGAUGAAAAAGCCAAAAAUAAGCAAAAAGAGGCAGGUGAAUCAGCAAUAGAAGAAAAUGGUGGAGAUCAAAUUGAUGUCAGCAAAGAUAAGUCUGACCGUGAAGAAGAAGAAGAUGAGGAAGAUAAGAAUAAGCUUAAACCAAAUGCUGGAAACGGUUGUGAUCUACCAAACUAUAGAUGGACACAAAGUUUAAAUGAAAUUGAGCUUAAAGUUCCCGUUCCAGUUAAUUUUAAAGUUAGAGGCAGGGACGUUAUUGUUGAUAUAGAAAAAAAGCAUCUUAAAGUUGGAUUAAAGGGACAUCCUCCUAUCAUAGAUGGGGAGUUAUUUAAUAAUAUAAAGAAAGAGGAAUGUUGUUGGGUAAUGGAAGAUAACAAGACUAUAUCUAUAACUCUAGAAAAGGUGAACAAAAUGGAAUGGUGGAGCAGACUUGUUACUACAGAUCCAGAAAUCAAUACAAAAAAAGUUUCUCCCGAACCAUCGAAGCUGUCAGACUUAGAUCUCGAAACUCGAGGUAUGGUUGAGAAAAUGAUGUAUGAUCAGAGGCAAAAAGAACUUGGUUUACCUACAUCAGAAGAACAAAAGAAACAAGAUGUCUUAAAAAAGUUUAUGGAAGCACAUCCGGAAAUGGACUUCUCCAAGUGCAAGUUUUCUUGAUGAAGUUUUAGGAAUUUAAUGCAUUAGACUUUUCAUUCAACUUUUGUACAGUCACAUUCCUAAAUUUCCAAUGUAAUAUCUGAAUUUCAACUGCUCACAUUGGCUGGGUUUAUUCAAUACAUGUGCAGGAUUGUGUUAGUCAUUAAAAUUUGCACAUUUCUUUAAAACAAAGUUGUAUGUUUUAAUGAUGUACCUCUGUUGAAAUUUCAAAUGCUUAAAAUCAUAUUUGACUAUCAUGCUAUCAAAAAUGUAUUCUUUAAAGCUGUUACAGAGUUCGUACGCCCUUGAAAAACCUUGAAAAGUGCUUGAAAAAAAAAGUUCAUUUCAAGUGCUUGAAAACCUGGAAAAAGUUUUAAAACCUUGAAAAAGUUUCUUAUUGCUUAAAUUCUCUCGAAAGUUUUAAAAAGUAUUUCACCAAUGCAAUUUUCUGAACAUGUGUUCAAUAUGCAACAUCGUGAAAAAUUGCUUUCAUGUUUGGGAUUUCAAUCCUUUUGCAUCUUGUAAAUAUUUUGAUGUUUUUUACAACCGAAAGAUAUUUUGACAUAUGGUACCUUAGAUUACAUCAUUUUUUGUUUUAUUUCAUUAAUUAACAAAUGAAUUAAUUUGGAAACCAUGACAGCAUUGAACUUACUCGGAUUUCGUCGAAAAUUGUUCUUGUGUUUGAAAUUUCAAUCUUUUUGCAUCCUGCAAAUAUUUAAAUAUUUUGACUAAUCAAAUGUUAUUUUCGCAUAUGCUACCUUAGAUUAGUACUUUUUUGUUCAAAUUUAAUAAUAAUAAGAAAAAAAUAUUUUAUGGGAAACAUGCCAACGUUGAACGAACUCAGUCUUCGCGAAAAAUUGCUUCUCGUGUUUGAAAUUUCAAUCUUUUUGCAUCUUGCAAAUAUUUAAAUAUAUUGACUAAUCGGAUGUUAUUUUCACAUAUGCUACCUUACAUUAGCAUAUUUUAUGUUUAAUUUUAGUUCAAUAUAAAUUUAUUUUAUGGGAAACAUGACAACAUUGAACUUAAUUCGCGAACAUUUGCUUCCCUUGUUUGAGAUUUCAAUCCUUUUGCAUAUUGUAAAUAUUUUUAUUAUUUUUGGCAACUAGAAGUUAUUUUGACACAUACUACAUCAGAUUAGCUUAUUUUAUUUUUUAUUUUAAUAACUAAAGAAUUAAUUACUUUGGUCUUGUUUAAUUAUAUGCUUAUUUAUUUUUGCAAUUUUGAAUUUAAUUAUCUUUAGCUAUUUUUCGGUUAUAACAUAUUUUUUGAAAAAAAUUUAAAUUUAAGCAAUUGAGCACCUAACAAAUUAACUUAGUUUGUAUUUUAAAUGUAAAAUUGAAUAAUAUAAUUUUAUAAAGUUGAAUUUAUAAGUACAUGUGUUUUCUUUAUGUCUGCUAAAAUAAUUAAGGUGUGUAACAGGGGGUGGUUGUGUUAUGAUUAUUCACUGGAAAUCCAGUAGUGUUCGUUAUGCUUUUACCUCCCUAUAUUUUCAAUUUUCCCCUUUACUUCAAAUGUUCAAAAUUAAUACUUUAGUAAGGUUGUGGGUACUUGGAACAGCUUACCGAAAGUGGCUGUAAUCAGCAAAGAGGUAAAUAGCUUAAGGAGGGUCAUUGAUCUUCAUUUGGGUCUGAUAAAUUGACUAGGACCAGCCUAGCUAGGCCCAGUGCUUGUUGCUGAUUAUCAACAGAUACUAGGCCUGGUAUUUCUAUGAAGAAUAUUUUGACUGAAUAAACUUUUUUUACAUAAGAAAUGAAUUGUAUGCAUAUCAAAAGUUAUUGUUGUACAUACGUAUCUUCAAGUAAUAGGGGUGAUUAGUUUAAAAAAUUAUCCCCCCCCCCCCUUGCCCCGAUUUGCUCUUGAGAAAAAAUCAGGUAAUUUUUUACGAACUCGCAAAUCACACCUGAAUAUAAUUGCCUUUCUAAAUUUAAAUUCUAAUUUCAACAAUAACUCGUUUGUUCCCAAAAUAAAACUUUGUCAUAAUAUAUGUCAACUUCUUGCGAAUCUUUUCAGUUUCGAAAUAUGGUCCUAUGAAUCUGAAGUUGCACAUUUAUUAACUUUUACAAGUUAUUCAGUGAAAGCUGAAUAGGCUCAAGUUUACAUUCAGAGUAUUUAUCACUUCUUAAGCAGCUUUUGUAUAUUUUAAGUUGCGGAGACUGGACUGUGGACUUUCAUAAACUUUUCUUAUUUACUAAUUUUUAAAUUUACUCGAGGAUAGUUGAAAUGCCUUAUUGGCUGAACAACUAAUACAUACAUACACAAAUUGAUUUGCAUACUUAUGAAUGAUUUGCGAACCUCUAAUGUUUUAGAACUUAACAGUGCAACCUGAAAAUACUUUCUGGGUGGUGUUUUUGUCCUAACCGCCCUUAUAUUGUAAUAAACCAACGUAUUAAUAUUAGAAAUAAAUAUUGGAACUGGGGGGGGGGGGGGGGGGAGUGACUUCAAAAACUCCUCUCUGGCAAUGCCAUUGAACUUUUGGUUUCUUCCCAUAAAAGUUAAAACACUCAUGAAAGGUUUUUUUUUUCUUUUUUAACAUUAAUUUGCUGAUUCUAGAAAAUAUACAUCUUUAAAUGUGAAGAUUGCAAGAUUAAACCUCCUUGAAUCUGCUUUUGUUUAUGACCAAAGUUUUCAGACAUUUUCUGAAAAACUUUUGACACAGUAGAUCUUUCAUCAAAGUGUCUCUUGUUGUAGAUAAAGCAAUUUUGUUUUCCUAUA